AUGACCAGUGUAGCUUUCUUAAAUGUCUGUAGCCUUAGGAGAAAAAUAGCAGAAAUUGAAGACUUUAUCUCAACCCGUGGAGUACACAUCCUAGGCGUUGCGGAAACUUGGCUGUCAGCCGAUGUAACAGACGGAGAAGUAAACAUUCCUCAUUUCAGUGUGUUCCGCAAAGAUCGGGAAGGCAGGCAAGGAGGCGGUGUUGCCUUCUACUGUCAUACGUCCUUGCAAGCCCGUCGAAGACGUGACCUCGAGUGUAAGCUGGAGAUGCUGUGGCUGGAGAUUCUAGCCCCAGGUCGACCAGGCAAAGAGACGGUCUUACUGGGCUGCUGCUAUCGACCACCUAGUGAAUCUGCAGGCUACUGGGAUGGGCUGGAGUCAAACCUAGAGACUGCCUGCAGUGGACCGCAGACCACAACUGUGGUAGUAGGAGACUUCAACGUAAACUUUAAUGAUGCCCAUGCUGUGACUCCUUUGCAUCAUGUACUCAACCAGUUUAACCUUCGCAACCACGUCACAUCUCCUACCCGAGUGACCAGCAGUACUGCCACACUACUGGAUCUAUUCUUGUCUACCACCCCGAUCCAGGGUGUUUGCGAGACUAUACAUUUGGAUAUCAGUGACAACUCUGCAAUACUUGCCAGGCUGCCAAUUUCAGCAAGUCACCACUUGAAGGGACAGCAUCUGCGCAAGACUCGCUGUUUGCACAAAGUGGAUUGGAAUAUGUUUACAUGUGACCUGGAGAAGACGCUUACUACCUGUGUCUCUGUCUGUGUGGAUGUGCUUGUGUCGUCACUCACUGCGGGAAUCCAGACCACUCUAGACAAACAUGCUCCACUUCGGGAACGGCGCCGCAAAUCUCGACGUCCUUGUCCCUGGAUUACAGAUGAGUUAGUGGCAAGUGUUCGUGAACGGAACCGGGCGCAUCGUCUCUGGCUCCGAGACAAAACCGAUCAGAACCUUCAAGAAGCACACCGAUCAGCUCGCUCCAAAGCACGGAAGUUGGACAGAAGUUUGCGCAACUUGUACUUCACUAAGAGAUGUGAUACAUCAGAUCAACGGCAACUUUGGGCUGUCAUGAACGAUGUCACAGGCCGACAGAAGACAGGGAAAGAACCUGAAGCGCAGCUUGAGUCACUCAGUAAAUUGUUUGGAGACAUUGUGCAUGACCCUAUGCGGCCACCUGAGCUGCAUGUACCACAUGGUCCAGCCUCCGCAUCUAGCUUCUCAACAUUUCAGCCGUCUUCUUCUUCUUCUUCUUCUUCUUCUUCUUCUUCUUCUUCUUCUUCUUCUUCUUCUUCUUCUUCUUCUUCUUCUUCUUCUUCUUCUUCUUCUUCUUCUUCUUCUUCUUCUUCUUCUUCUUCUUCUUCUUCUUCUUCUUCUUCUUCUUCUUCUUCUUCUUCUUCUUCUUCUUCUUCUUCUUCUUCUUCUUCUUCUUCUUCUUCUUCUUCUUCUUCUUCUUCUUCUUCUUCUUCUUCUUCUUCUUCUUCUUCUUCUUCUUCUUCUUCUUCUUCUUCUUCUUCUUCUUCUUCUUCUUCUUCUUCUUCUUCUUCUUCUUCUUCUUCUUCUUCUUCUUCUUCUUCUUCUUCUUCUUCUUCUUCUUCUUCUUCUUCUUCUUCUUCUUCUUCUUCUUCUUCUUCUUCUUCUUCUUCUUCUUCUUCUUCUUCUUCUUCUUCUUCUUCUUCUUCUUCUUCUUCUUCUUCUUCUUCUUCUUCUUCUUCUUCUUCUUCUUCUUCUUCUUCUUCUUCUUCUUCUUCUUCUUCUUCUUCUUCUUCUUCUUCUUCUUCUUCUUCUUCUUCUUCUUCUUCU